CGUCAGAGAUAUGUGUACGUCCUUCCACCGAAUUAAGAAAAUCGGUUUUUCGCUCAGUUCUCUUUAAUAUCUUGUGCGAUAAAGCAGUUUUUUCAGUGCUUCAAGUGAUUUUUUAAACGUGAAACCGUCAUAACCGUUCAAACCUCACCGAAAAAUGCUCAAACCAUCCCAGUUUUACAACCUACCAAUCAAGCUUAUCUAUUUAUAAACCAUUUUCAGUAUUUCGAACCCUUUAGUGCUGUCUGACAAUGGCAACCCUUCAGAAAAAGUCAUGGAAGCUCCAGGAGUUGAUGGCCCACGACGCCAAAGUGAACUGUCUGUCUUUGGGGCACAAAUCGGGCCGCGUGAUGGUGACCGGGGGCGACGACAAGAAGGUCAACUUGUGGGCCAUCGGCAAGCACACUUGCUUCAUGAGUUUGAGUGGCCACACAACCCCCAUUGAGUGCGUCCAAUUCAACCAGUUUGAGGAGCUGGUUUGUGCCGGUUCCAGGGCCGGAGCCCUCAAAGUCUGGGACUUGGAGGCGGCGAAACUCGUUCGCACCCUCAACGGGCAUAAAAACGCCCUCAAAUGUGUGGAUUUUCACCCGUAUGGCGAUUUUCUCGCCUCGGGGAGCGCUGAUUGUUCGAUCAAAAUGUGGGAUAGUAGGAAAAAGGGCUGUAUUUUUACCUACAACGGUCACAAGGGUACCAUCAACAGUCUGAAAUUCAGCCCAGAUGGGCACUGGAUUGCCUCCGGGGGCGACGACGCUACGCUGAAAAUCUGGGAUUUGAGGGUUGGGAGGGUGUUGAAGGAUUUCGGGGAGCAUUUGAAUUCGGUGACUUGUGUCGAGUUUCAUCCACAUGAGUUUUUAUUAGCGUCGGGAAGUGCCGAUCGGUCGGUGCAGUUUUUCGAUUUGGAGAAUUUUACUGUAGUGUCGAGUGAGAGGGAUUUGGGAUUAGUGAGGUGUAUGUGCUUUAAUCCCGAUGGGGAGAGGCUGUUUGUGGGGCUUAGGGAUUAUUUGAAAGUUGUGGGAUGGGAGCCCAAUAGGCUUUUUGAUUCCGUGAUGGUUAAUUGGAGUGGCGUGGCUGAUAUUUCUAUCGCUCAAAAUCAACUGGUCGGCGCUUCCUUCCACUUGACCAACGUCCAGGUCUACGUCGUCGACUUGAACAAAGUCCAUCCUUUGAGUUCUUCAGCUGAAACUCCCCCGAGUCCUUUCACGCCCAACCAGAGUAUCAGGAAGAGUUUUUCGAAAGCGGAACGACCGGUCAGUUUGAAAAAUCGAUCACUGGACGUCAAAACGAUAGAAGAAAGCACCUCGGGGACCGAUCCGGAGGAGGAAUCAACGGCCGAAGUGACGAAUUUGACGGAUUAUAACGAGAUUUUUAAAGGGCGAGGAUUGACACGGACUCCGCCCCCUCUCGAACAACCUGAGCCGUUCCAAAGACCUGAACAUGACUAUUCGGACCCGACAGAACCCCAAAUCCUGGCCGAAAUUCCAACCGACAACUUUGAGGCUCUCUCAUUGGACAACAACAUCAAUUGUUAUUCACCACCACCUGCGUUCACAUCUUCACAGUAUUCCCGUUCGAAGUCGAAUUUGGAUCAAGUGUAUGUCAGCAGGCUGACGAAGCAACAAGACCGCGAAAAUAACAUCUCGAAUAUCAAUAAAAAUAAAUUGACCACUCCGCGAUUUUAUCUUCAGCGACAGAGUAGUUGCAAGGAUGUGCCUGAAAAUGCCCCAAAAUCGAACAGUAUUAUUAAACAUAGUAUCUCCGAUGCUAACAUCAGCAAGAGUAGUAGGAAUUCCUCCUCGAGGAAGAAUUCUUUUUCGAGGUCUUCUCGCAAUUCUAGUGUACCCAAUGUAUCAAAAAUCCCUAGCGCCAGACUUAGUGAAAAAGUGGCACCGGUUAAAGCCUACAUCACACCGACUCCUGAAGAUGUUGCGUUUGUUGGUUCGAAACUUUCACCAGAUAGUCCGGCCGAGGAGGUGGAGUUUGUACCGAUGUCGAUGGAUAGGCCUGCAGGGUUGGACUUGGACGAUUUUCUUCCGAAAAAUCAUCGAACGCUUGGUUUUGAGCAACAACUACCCGACAUGUCCGAAGCGGAGGUUUUAGGAGCUUUAAUGAGAGGUCAUGAGCCGAUGAUGGCAAUGUUGGUAACUCGUCAGAGGAGUUUGAAAGUGGUUUUGGCCCAAUUUAGAAGUAAGGAUAUUAAGACAGCGACUGAGACUGCAGUUGUGAUGGGUGAUUUGGCCGUUUUGGUCGAUUUGUUAGGAGUUUUUAAUUGUAAAUAUACUUUGUGGAAUUUGGAUUUGUGUGUGCUGAUUUUACCUAAAAUUCAAGAAUUGCUUCAAAGCAAAUUCGAAACCUACGUGACGACGGGUUGCAACACCCUCAAACUCAUCCUGAAGCAUUUUGGUCCGGUGAUCAAGAGCAACGUUCAAGCCCCCGUGGGCAGCUUCGGCGUUGACAUCCCUCGCGAGGAGCGCUACAACAAAUCGGUCAAGUGCCACGAAGUCUUGCAAAAUCUGCGAACUUUUCUCGUGAAGAAACAAUCGAUGCCCGGUUCAGUGGGGUCCACGUUCCGCGAAAUCAGUACUUUAAUCCAAAACACUUUCGACUGACGAAAGCCCAAGUUGACUCACCAACACCGGAGUGUUUGAGUCCCCAGGGCGUCCAUGACUGCAAGAAUGGUCUCGAAAUUUUAACAUUGUGAUCGAGUCUUAGAAUUCCGUCCAAGUUGCACUAACGGUUAUGAUACUUAACGAAGUUACUAAAAGGUAGUUUUAGAUUAUUUAUUUAGAUGAUGAGAUGGUGCGACGAUUUUUUCUUGCCUGUUUUAACAUGUUUUGUGCCAUUUAUUUGUUUUUUAAUUUGUUUUUUCGAGUCCUGAUGGCAGAAUUAACCUCUUUUUUACCCACACUAGUGGUAAUAAUAUACCAAACUAUUGUAACAUGAUUUAUAAUAAAAAAGUGAUUAUUAAUA